CCUAUCAUGGAUGGAAUGGUCACUCUCACAACCUUGUUGUGGUCUUGUGGAUUGAGGCCCCCCUCCCAAAAACUCUCUCCAUCCUUCCUUCCUCACCAAAACCUCAAUCCAUACUCAUUUUCUCUUCUCUAUGAGAUUACCACUCGACCAAUAUAAGUAAUCCACAUUCACUUCCCCUUCUUCUCUCUUCCUCUGUUCUUCUCUUUCUCUUUGGUUCUUUUCUCUCAGUUUCAGAGAUACUGGAAAAUCAAACAUAAAAAGAGAGACAAAUUUAGUAACUUUUCUUCACAAAAAUGUCUAAUGGUAAUGGAGAUGAUCCUCGUGUUCAUGAUAUCAAAACUAAAAUCAGGGUUGUUCCCAAUUUCCCUAAACCUGGUAUUAUGUUUCAAGAUAUCACUACUUUGGUGCUUGAUGCCAAGGCCUUCAAAGACACAAUUGAUUUGUUUGUUGAGCGUUAUAAGAGCAAGAACAUUUCUGUUGUUGCAGGCAUUGAAGCAAGAGGUUUCAUCUUUGGUCCUCCUAUUGCAUUGGCUAUUGGUGCGAAGUUUGUGCCUUUAAGAAAGCCAAAUAAGUUGCCAGGUGAAGUUAUCUCACAGGAGUAUGUAUUGGAAUACGGCAGUGAUUGUCUAGAGAUGCAUGUUGGUGCUGUUGAACAUGGUGAUCGUGCUUUGGUUGUUGAUGAUUUGGUUGCUACUGGCGGAACUCUAUGCGCCGCAAUGAGUUUGCUGGAACGUGCUGGAGCAGAGGUGGUUGAAUGUGCAUGUGUCAUUGAACUACCCGAUCUGAAGGGCCGUGAACGGUUGGCGGGAAAGCCGUUGUACAUCCUGGUGGAAGCUCAUUAGUACAGCAACUACUCUCUGAUCCCACGACUAAAGAAGUGUACAUAAGGUACAUGAUUCGUUGGCUCUAGCCGCUACACUGAUUCAGAUUAUCCCACUUCUGCUAUAUUUCCAUAGCUGAUUGUCUCCUAAUGCCUUUGUGAAUCUGGAUAUGGCUGAGAACAUAUUCGAUCGUAAUGCAAUCAACCAUGCAUUAAUAAUUCGUCCAAGAAGAUAAACAUAUCUGUUAUCCUGAACUUCCUCGCUUUAAUGCAUUAUGGUUUUGGUGUAGGAGACUUAUUUGGCUAUAAAAAAAAAAGGAGAAAAGAAUUCAGACUCAACUUUGACAAGUCUAUUUAUCUGUUUUACUCCUUACCCUUAUUUUGCUACAUUUGUGUUCUAAUAGAAAAUUGAUUUUGGUUGGUGUUAGCCGAACCACAAGGGAAAAAUAACAAGUCUAUGAGAGAAAUAGGCAUAUGCCUAUAAAUACUUCUCCGUCUCA